AUGACAUCUUAUUUUGAAAGCUUAAUUUCCUCAUUUCAGGCUGCAAAGUUAGACCCAAACCUCGGUUGUGUUUUCCGCUACCUCGGACAUUACUACCGGGAGGUGGCAAAGGACCCCGCGCGGGCCCGAGGCUGCUAUAAGAAAGCCUUCGAGAUGGACAAGGAUGAUGCCGAGUCUGGAGCCGCCUCAGUGGACCUCAGUAUGGAGCAGGGCGACAUGGACACUGCCUUAGCCAUCCUUCAGUCCGUGAUCGAGAAAGCCACUCCAGGCUCGGCUAAAUGGGCGUGGAUGAGACGAGGGCUUUACUACCUGAAGGUCGGAGAGUAUCAACAAGCUGUAUCUGACCUGCAGGCAGCUCUGAGAGCCGACCCUGAGGACUGGGUGUGUUGGGAGUGUUUAGGUGAAGCCUAUUUGAACCGCCGCAGCUUCACAGCCGCUCUGAAGGCCUUCGGUAAAGCUCACCAGCUCCAACCCGCCUCCAUCUACAGUGUCUACCAGGCCGCUGCUAUCAAACAGACACUCGGCAAGUUCAGAGAGGCGGUCGCAGAGUACCUGCAGAUCACAGCGCAGCAGGACUAUGUGCCUGCUCUUAAAGGUCUUGGGGAGUGCCAACUGUCUCUGGCUAAAAUUGUGAUGGAAGACUGUAGAGACGGGGGGGCCAUUGAUUUCAUUCAGCAAGCCAUACAGAACCUCUUCAG